UUUUCACAUCAUACCGUCUUUCUUGACUCGUGACAUUCGCUUGGUGUGUGUCACCCGGGUCAUCGAAUUGUGUUUCCGGAACCUCAAUCCUUUGAGACUGAACAGCGAUUAUUAGCAGCGAAGGACACCAAAGUCGUUAGACUUGACUUUUCUUUGCCCUGCGCGCGUUCCAUCUGCAAUACUCUAUCUCAGAAUCUGGAUCUCUCCAAUCUCCCGCCCCGGUCCCAUCGUGAAUUUUUUUCUGAAUGCCACCCUAGUCUACUCUUCCGUAAACUCCAUUCCUCACAAUGGCACCCCGGAAAGCCAACCCGGCCUCGUCGUCGGCGGCGUCAAACGGCAACCACUCCACUGAGCGCACGCCUCUCCUCCAGGUCGACGAGCCCACGACCCCUCUCCCCAUCACCCCGCAAGACGAAAACGCCAUCCCGCCAAACGAAUUCGACCUAUUGCUCUCCAGGUCCAUCCCCUCCACGGGACCCUUCCUCGAGCCCGAGUCAACCGUGAACCCCCUCCUCCGCGGUCCCCGGCGCUACAGCACGGCCUCCAAACACCGCCGGCCCUCGCUCGCAAGCCGCUCCGACCGCGCCUCCGAGGCCGGAGGCAUCGCCGCCGUAGACGACAAUGACUACCUCGACAACGACAACGAUGAUGCCGUCUCCAUCAGCAGCAGCGUCGCCUCGACACCCUUCCUGAACGGUAUCUCCCGCUCCCGCUUCUGGUUCAUCUUCUCCGAGAUCCUCCUCACCUACUUCAUCGCCUGUUUCGACGGCACCAUCAUGGCCUCGUCCCACCCCGUCAUCACCUCCUACUUCAAGGCUUCUAACAGCGCCUCGUGGCUGUCAACGGCGUUCUUGCUGACGUCUUCGGCCUUUCAGCCCAUCUUGGGCCGGUUGUCGGACAGCGUGGGACGGAAGCCGCCGUACGUCGCCACCAUGAUCAUCUUUUGCCUCGCGACGGUGUGGUGCGCGCUCGCGCAGAGCAUGACGAGCUUCAUCCUCGCCCGGGCGGCGUGUGGACUUGGUGCUGGCGGGAUGAUGACUCUGGGUAGUAUCAUUGUGAGCGAUUUGGUUCCGAUUGAGAACCGCGGCGCAUACCAAUCCUACAUCAACAUGAUCUACGGCGUGGGAUCCGCCCUCGGCGCGGCCCUGGGCGGCGCCAUGGCCGACCACCUCGGCUGGCGCUGGGAAUUCGGCAUCCAGGUCCCGCCCCUCAUCAUCUGCUGCAUCAUCGCCAUGAUCGCCGUCCCCAGCGACCUGGGUAUGGCCGGCACCAAGCGGGAGAGCUUCAUGGAGGCCCUCAAGGCCUUCGAUUUCAAGGGUUCCAUCCUCCUAACCACGGCUAUCACCUUCUUCGUUCUUGGUCUUAACCUCGGAGGAAACGUUCUCCCAUGGUCCCAUCCUCUCGUAAUCGCAUCUCUCGCCAUCUUUGGCGUCUGCUUCCCCGUCUUCCUCUACGUUCAGUCCUACGUCAGCCGCCCCAUCAUGCCCCUCUACCUCGUCCGCCGCUCGCCCCGAAUGAACCUCAUCUUUUCAAACUUCUUUGCGGCUCUUCUGAGCAAUGCUAUUCUCUUCAACAUCCCCCUCUUCUUCCAAGCCGUCCUCCUCACAACAGCAACCUCGUCAGGCCUCAACCUCGUCCUCCCCUCCAUCGUCUCCUCCAUCGUCGGCACAGCAACAGGCUUCCUAAUCACCUACACCCGCCGCCUCAAAUGGCCCGCCCUCACCGGCGCAGUAGGCCUCCUCGUCGGCACAAUCGCCCUCUCCACCAUGCGCCGCGGCUGGCCCUCCUGGGUCUACCUCCUCUGCCUCGUUCCCUCCUCCAUCGGCCAGGGCUUCCAGUUCCCCGGCACUUUCAUGGCCGUUUUAGCGGCAAGCGAACAGCGCGAGCAGGCCGUCGUCACGAGCACCCUCAUCCUCUGGCGCUCGCUCGGUAUGGUGUUGGGCGUGGCGAGUAGUAGUCUCGUCGUGCAGAAUGCGCUGGUCGGGUAUCUGGACGAAUACGUCCAGGGGCCGGACAAGGAGGAGGUGAUCCGCAAGGUGAGGGAGAGCGUCGAGUCGAUUGUGAAGUUGCCGGCUGCGUAUCGCGAGCAGGUCGUCAUGAGCUACGAGGCGGCUUUGCGGACGACGUUUUUGUGUUGUGUCGUGAUUGCUUUUGUUUCGGUGGCUCUGCUUGUGCCGAUCAAGUUGCCCAGACUGGGUGCGAGAAAGACAAGCCGGUAAAGGGAUCGGGGCUAAUAUCUAUCAUCCACUGGUACUAAUGAAUUUGGGGGGAAAAGUUGUCGUUGCGUCACCUUAUAUAGCAUUUGUGUUGCAUAGAUACUUUAGCAUUCUAGCGGAAGCAUUUCGUGGUUCUGCAUCAUCAUACAAGCUUCAAUUUUUGCCUUGCCUUGAAUCCAGGCCUAAGCCUAGUCUUGCCUUUCUCAUCGCCCGUUAUAAAUACACGCACACACCCCCUGCCCCCUUUCUCCCUCUAAUAGUGACCAUUCAUCCCAUUAACCCUCAGCGCAUCAAGCUCAUCC